UGUGUUGUAAUACUAACAUCGUGAAUGUUGUAAUUAUUUGUGUGAUGAUUUAGUCACUGUUCCCACAACUUCAAAAAAUAUCAUUAACUCUUCAGGUUAGACCUUUUUCUCCAUAACGUUAGGCCUAUUUCGGCCAAGAUAACGUAAUGUUAAAUGUAAAGGUUAAAUGGCGGCCAUUGACGUUACAUUUAACUUGGUCUUAGAGGAAUAAUCACAGAAUCUGUUUGAAGGUUAAUCGGCACUAUAAUUGAAUUAUCUGCGUAUCGAGCAUUGCAAUUAGUCGUCAAUCUAAAUGUAAUCGUUAGCAUCACGUUUGUUGUGCAGUUAGCUAGUUUGCUAACAAGCUGGCUAAUUCUGUUGGCUAGCUAACAUGAACCAUGCCGAAUGUAGUCAAGACACAGUUGACCUGGACAUAGAGUGAACGCAGUUGGCUUUUAUAGAAUCAAUUGCUUUCUUUUAUUUAGUUUUGUCCUAGUCAAAUCUUGCGUAUAGAUUGUUGAUUGUUGGCCGUCAUAUUUAAAGGUAGCCGUUGUUUGCUAGUUGAAGAUGAUUACAUUAGCCUAACCUUUGAACCUUGUAACCUAACUUAUGUCGAGGUAGAUCAAAUGACCAAUCAAUGGUCUAUCGCCAUUGGUUAAUCAACAAGUCGGCCAAUAAUAUUGCUUUAAUUUACAUAACGUUAGUUGUAUUAAGACUAUCCAUCGCAUGUUUUUGUCUGCCUACAGCAAUGUCGAAGUUAUAGGUUUAGCUGACUGGUUCUCGUGCUAGUAAACGUUAUGCUCUUUGGCAUGCCUUGCAUGCGUUUCCUGUCUUAAUUUCUUUCUUUGUAUCUAAUGCACACAUUAGUGCGCGUCAAUGCUGUUGAGCUGUCUAAUUGGGCUGUUUCCCAAUCCUCCAAGUUUUCUGUGGGGAUCAUAUGUUCUUGUUAGCGGUUGUUAGAUUGAAGCCUUCCCGUGCUUUUUCCAAUUAUGUUAAGUUGAUGUUUCAGAUCUGCUUUAGGAAGUGAUAAUUUCUAAUACGUUUUUAAUACUGGCUGAAUGUUCAUUUUGGGAAAUGGGGGUGUUGGUCGGUCAUCAACUUUCUUUUGGUAGACUAGAUUUACAAGAAUACUGACAAAUCAUUUGACCUAUCCUGCCUUAUUUCCACCAAGCAGUCUUUGAGAUCAUAAUGGUCAUAUAUGCUAUUUUUAAAUAUUAUUUACAGUUUUGCAUUUUUCCCAUUAUGGAAUUACUCUUUCCAGAGCCUCAUUUGUAGUCCUUUCGAAUCUGUGAUCCCACUCAGUAGUAUCCUCUCCUGUCCUGUGUUCUGGCUUUGAAAGUGAUUCUUCCAGCUACGUUUUCCACAGGAAAAUUCUUGAGAGUAUUAUUAUUGACUUCAUAUAUCUACUUAUUGAAUUGUUAUCGCUGACCUAUGCCUCUGAUGUCUAAAUUGAAGGCAUGCUAGAAUUUAUUGCUUCAUUGUGUUUCUGCAGACUAAUUUCAUUUUGCCAUAGAAGAGGAGUUGUCCUUUCACAUCACUGAUUUGUCUUUCGGUCUUUGAACUGAAUUUUUCCCUUGGAUCUCACUUUUGAGGACUUUCUUCAGCGGUCUUACUCUGCUCUUGCCAUCCAGAGCACAACUCUUCCUCAGCAAUGUCCCAGAAGAUUCCGGGCGACAGUGCUCAGAAAGGCUUUGCGGUAGGGCGCGGGCUACUUGCCGCUGCUGAAACGUUGAAUUACAGCAUGGGAGAGCAUAGCUCCAACAGCCUUUAUGGCUCCACUUCUCGACCAAUGAGCAACAUGGCUAGAGGCCCAGGAGGCGGACAAGGAAAAGACCAUGACCCUCAGCUCUCCCGUCGUGUGGGCAGUCACCUUAGCAACACUAUGAAGCUGUUCGCCAGCCUUGGUCUGUCGCCCACAGACUUGGAUGAGCUGGCUCAAGUUCCAGAGGAGAACAUCAGUGUGGAAACUUUGCCCAAUCUUAUCAUGCAGCUUAAGAACCGGAAGGUGGAGGCCAGCCGCCGCAUGUCUGGUGACCCUAGGGACAUGUCCGCCCUCUCCCCAGAAACCUCAUACCGACCAAGUAGAGACAACUGGGGAGAUAUGCAGGAAGGGCACCUGGACCCCUCCAUGGGGCAAGCAACAGGCCGCGGUGCACAAGGCGACUUUGGUUACGGUUCCAUGCAAGACAUGUCCUCUCGAGGGUAUGACCGAAUCGAUUAUGGCCACACUGGUGCCAGCAAUGGCAACCGAGACCGUCAGUAUUCUGAGCUUUCCCAUGACUCUUACCGUGGGCUUGGCAUGGGCUCCUCUUCAACACCUGACAGCAUGCUUAUGCAGAGAAGAAUGGGGUCCCCUUCCCAGGGUAAAGUGCAGGACUUCUUGGGAGUCAUGCCCCACAUGUUUCCACAUGUGUGUUCCCUUUGUGACUUUGAUGUGCAUUCUACCAUGGAAUGGAACCAGCAUACCAAUGGCUUACGCCAUUCAGAAAACUGCAGACUCCUCUUGCAGAUGUACCCAGAUUGGGAUCCUCACAUGCCUUCCACCAGAGUCUCGGGGCCGCAUCCAAUGGACACACCCAACCGUUCUGAUGGCCUUCUGGGGGCUGCCCCAAGAGGAACUGGGCUACAGAGAGGGGGCAUGAGUUCCGGCUGGGGGUCUGAUUCUGGCUAUGGAUUUUCAAAUAAAUCUCAGUCGCUUCCUGGACCUGGAAAGGUCAGAAGAGGCAGAGUUGUGGUGAUAAAAUAUGACCGGAAGCCACUGUCGUCAAAUAGCCUUUUUGCUCUAGCAAAACCUUUUGGGACUAUUCGUGAGCAUUUAGUGCUCAAGAAGAAGGCCUUCCUUGAAAUGGCGACUCAUGAAGAGGCUCUGGCUGUAGCUGAGUUCUAUCAGAGGAAACCUGCAAUUGUGCAUGGAAAGGAAGUCCAGGUGUAUUUGUCCAGAGAGAUCGCUGUUAUUGAUAAAAGUCAAAAUGAGAAGGAACCUACGGACCCUAAAGGCAGACAAAGUCAAGUUGUUUUUUUCUCAAAUCUACCAAGAGAUCAUGAGAAGAAGUCAGAGUUGCUCACAGUCGCCCGUCGAUUUGGCACGGUUGAGAAGCACCUGUUCUUGAACGGCGAGGCAUUUAUUCAAAUGGAAACUCCGGAUGAUGCAGAAAUGUUAGUGAAAUACUACACCUUGAACCCUCUGACCAUCAGAGGGAAAAGCAUCCGCUUGAACAUCUGCACUAAAUACAAGACCCUAACGGUGAAUCCUGGCAGGGGUGGCCAAGGCAGGGACAGGAAGGGCAACAGCUCCAUUUCCAAAACGUCAUCUAAGAGCCAGAGGUCCUCCACUGCCUCCAAAGGCAAGGAGAGCUCGUCCGAGAAGGCCGACACAUCCCAGGCCGCCGAAGAGGAGGAUGAUGCCCAGGCAGAAGGAUCGGGCGACGAAGUGGCCGGGGUCAUGGAAGGGGACGACCAAGAGGAAGGUGACCAGGACCCUGACCAGGACGUGCAGAUGGAGGAGCCUGCCGCCGCAGAAAAGGCUGGCCAGCCCGAAUCGGAGGAGAACGCCGAGGAGGAGGGUGAUGUGAAGCCCUCCGACGAAGUGGAGGGUGACGAAGAAGCUGACGCUGACGCAGCUUCACAAGAGAAAGCCCAGGAGGAGGAGAAAGAGGGCACCUCAAAGGACAACGCUGCACAGGAGGAGGAGGAGGAGGCAGCCGAGCCGUCUCACUCGACGGAGACGGGCAAAGACACGGAAGCAAAUGAGGGGGCUCAGGAUGACUGUGUUGCCGAGGAGCCAUCAGAGGACCAGACUGGUGAGCCAGAUUUCCCUGAGAACAUGGAUGAGUUUGUUACUCUGGACGAGUUAGCUGAUGAAGACGAUGGAGACCGACUCGAUUCAAAGUCUAGAGGAAGGGACUCAUCAGGAAGCUCAAGGAAGAGUGGGGGACUGAGAGUUGUCAAUGUCGUUGGAUUCAGAAGAGGCAUUGAUUAUCUUGACGAAAUCCUGUCACUCGCCAAGCCAUUUGGGAAAGUUGUCCGUCACCUGGUUCUGAAUGUUCGGCCAGAGGCUUUCCUGGAGCUCUCAAAUGAGCAAGAAGCAAGGGCUAUGGUCAGUUUCUACAACAGUAAUGUGCUCCCGUCUGUGUGUGGCAAAGCAGUGAAGAUUUACCAUUCUCAGACUUAUGCAACCAUUCAGAGCGGCAAAGUCAUAUAUGUAGGACAAAUCCCAUACUUCAAAACAUCAGACGCGACCCUCCUGAAAAUUGCAGAGCCAUUUGGAAAGAUCAGACGCUACUAUAUGAAUCGAUCUCGCAAUGAGUGUUUCAUUGAAAUGGAGAGGGGGGAAGAUGCUGAGGCGAUGGCAGAGGCCUACAAGAACAAUCCACCCAAAUUCCAAGGAAAACGUCUGACUGUCUACAUGAGCAGGAAAUACAAACAACUCAAACAUGGACACAGACCGCCGAGCCCAGAGCCUGAGGAGAAACGGCCGCCGAAGAGGGAGCGCACGGCCGCAGACGGGCAGAACACGGGCGACUCGCCCGUCAAGGCUGCUGCCAAGAAAGACGAGCAGCCUCCCGCCAAGAAGCUGAAGGAGGACAAGGAGGCCGAGCAGCCGGACACGGCGCAGACGUCAACGGCAGAAGUGCCCAGUGAACAGCCUGAGGAGAGUGCGAAGGAGAAGGAGGAGGAAGAGGGGGAGGACGAAGGGGAAGCGGAGAAGAAGGAAGAGAAGCAGGACAACACAGAUGACCAAAAAAUAAAUGCUGAAGAGGACUCCAAAAAUGGAGCCGUUGAACCACCAGCGGCCUCUUCCAGUGAGGAUGCCCCAAAGACCGAAGAGGCGGCCCCCACUGAGCCUGCUGAGAAAAAACCUGAGCUUACCCCACUUACUCUUGGUGCAUAUGAGCCUAACAUCCCUGUUGGUGUGGAGUUUGUGAAGAUGGGUUACUACUGCCGAGUGUGCUUCCUCUUCUACUCUAAUGAGGAGACUGCUAAGAAGACUCACUGCAGCAGCAAGGCCCACUAUGAGAAACUAAAGAAACACCUUGAAAAGGAUAAAGCAAAAGCACUGAGCUCUGGCGCGAAGAACUGAAUUUCUUUUUUUUUUUUUUUUAGAAUUGUGUUCUUAUAAGUUUCAGGGGAAGUGUUCUUUUCCAUUUUGCACCUGUCUACUUACUGUGAUAAGGUAAAAAGGCUUGCAUAAUUAUUCUGAAUAUGCAGAUUCCUUUGAAUGUAAUUAUAAUUGUUUAGGUUAUUGCAUUACAACCUUUUACCACAUUUCUGUGUUUUGUGGCUUUUAUUUUCACAUUUUAUGACAUGCUCCUCUAUGAAAUGUGGGGAUGUACACACGGUAUGAAAAAUGGCAAUUCAUGAACUAGUCACUGAAGUCUUUGUACACUGGGUAACAUGCCCAGGUUUGUCAUUUUUACAUAAAUGUAUCAGUUCUCUGCCUGAUGAUGGCCCUUAACCCAACUAAAGAUCAAGACUGGGCUGAGUUUACCAGUCCCUAUGUACAUGUACCUGUUUUGUAUGGAAGGGGUGUUAAAUAAAUGUUUAAUUUUCA